AUGGACUUCCUAAUCACCUACGGCUCACAUACGGGACAAUCCGAGUCGAUCGCCGCCCAGCUAAAGGAGAAAUGCAUGCUUCUCGGCAUGAAUCCACGCGUACAUGUGCUUGAAGAGAAUGAAAAGACGUUUUUCAUUGAAAAUGAGCCGCUGGCCGUGAUCAUCGUUUCGUCGACGGGAGACGGAGAUCCGCCAGAGAACGCUGCCCGCUUUUUGAGGAGGAUUUCCCGGCGAACCCUUGCCGACGAUUUCCUGAAAAAUGUGACUUAUGCCCUACUAGGUCUCGGCGACUCCAACUACUCGACUUACCAGGGUGUGCCGCGAAAAUUUGACGAGCAAUUGACAAAGCUCGGUGCCAAGAAGCUUAUUCCCACUGGAGAAGCCGACGACGAGAUUGGGCUCGAGCUCGUCGUUGAGCCUUGGAUAGAACAACUGCUAAAGAAGCUUUGCGAGUUGGAUCAUAUUCCGAUCAGCCGCCUGGAAGGUCUGACGAUCUCAACUCCCCUAGUCAAGAAAGAAAAGGAAAAGAAAAGCGUUGCCGAAAAGCCGAAGUUGCCGACCGUCAUGAGUACGGAAGACGAUCGAGCAGACAGUUCGACCGAUCGUAUAUUGAAGCUAGCCCCCUAUACGUAUCCUGGCGAAAUUUCAUUGAUUCGCGGCAACGAAGCAUUAUCCUCCGAUGAGGCACUCCGUGUUCCGAUUGCUCCGUUGACGUACCUUGUCACUUCAGUAACGCAUGAAAAAUUCGAGCCGAAGUCUGUGAACUGGCAAAAUGGUGAAUCAAUGCCCGGCUUGCAAGGAAAGCCGAUGGAUGCGACGGUGGUCGGGACGACGCUUCUCACCGAUUUUGAUGUACACAAACCCAAACGGGAGCUGGUCAUCGACCUCAAUGCGCAUUGGGAUCAAUUGAGCUAUUCUCCCGGCGACGCCUUCUAUUUCCUACAGCCAAACCCGGAAGCGGAAGUCAACUUUAUUCUCGAACGAAUGGGGCUUCUGAUGAUGGCCGACCAAAAAUGCCACGUAACGGUGGCUGGGGAUGCGAAGAAGCCGAACGCGGCUGUACCCGGUUACAUUCCACCCAUCUCUUCUCUACGAUACAUCUUUACGCAUUGUUUGGACAUUCGAAGAGCGCCUGGCAGGCCGGUGUUGCGUGUCUUCGCUGACGCCACCUCCGAUGAAGGUGAAAAGAGACGCUUGCUCGAGCUCUGUUCCUCCCAGGGCAUGGCUGAAUUCACCGCCCAUAUUCGACAAGCGGCCGUCUCAAUCGUCGAUGUGCUGGCUGCAUUCCCGGGUGUUCGCCCCGCGCCAGAACGCUUGAUCGAACAACUGCCACGCUUGAUUCCACGGCCUUACAGCGUAUCGAAUUGCUACGAGCGCGCUCGGGGAAGGAUCCGUUUCGUGUAUUCAGAAAUGAAAUUUGGUGUUGCUGAUGGACGCCGAUACGAGCGGCUCGGACUCGCCACCGAAUGGUUAAACGCCUUGAGGGUUGGCGACCAGAUUCAGGUCAUGAUGAAAGAACCAGCCAGAUUCCGAUUUCCGGUUCCACCUGCAACUGUAGAGGCCGGGCUCAAGAUGCCGCUUUUGAUGAUCGGGCCCGGCACUGGCGUCUCUACAUUCAUUUCAUUUUUGGAUUUAUUGCUACAUGAGAAAAUUAAGAUCGGUUCUCUACCGGCUGUUCCGAGGAAGCUUUUCUUCGGCUGCCGCAAUUUCGAGAAGGAUUUUAUCUACAAAGAUUUGCUCGAAUCCUAUGUUCGCGAAGGUAUUUUGGAUGAGCUGAUUGCCUGUGAAAGCCAACCAGCGAAACCCGUACCAGGCCGUCAUUGCUACGUCCAGGAAGCACUACGGCAGCGCGCUGAUGAGGUCUGGGACUUUAUUCAACUCGAGGAGUCCCGGAUUUUCAUCUGCGGCGAUGCAAAAGCGAUGAGUAAGGACACAUGGGAGUGUUUUGCAAAGAUAGUGGCAGAGAAGAAAGGCUGCUCAGACGCCGAAGCCAAGGCUUUCCUGCUCGAGCUUAAGAAAGCGAAUCGAUACAUUGAAGACGUUUGGGCC